UCGCCAGUAGCUCGGAGAUUGUUGGAGGUAAUAAGAGUCGAUUGUGAGCGUAAGAUUUAUAGUGAGAGGGAAGUGAGCAAUGCCUAGCACGACAGCCAAGCAAGGUGUGGACGCCAAGGCCGCAGCAGCAGAGAGGCGGCGUACCAAUAAACCUAUCAUGGAGAAAAAGAGACGGCAGAGAAUUAACGACAGUCUUAACCAGCUCAAGAACUUAGUGUUGGAAGGACUUAAGAAAGACCCGUCUCGGUACAACAAGCUGGAGAAAGCAGACAUUCUGGAGAUGACGGUGAGACAUGUGCAAGCCUUGCACCGUCACGAGCUGGCCGUCACUCAUCAGCCCGUCGAUGCGGCUGCCAAGUUUCGCACAGGUUUCGGACAGUGUGCAGCCGAAGUUGGCAAGUUUUUAGAGCGAGACACAACACUAACUGGGUCACAGCGUUCCCGCAUACUCCUGCACCUAGCGGAAACCAUGGCCAGGCUACGUAACAGUAAGUUAGACACAGCCGAAGUCUCACUCACACUCAACGGCAGUGAAUCUCGUCGCUCCCCUCACCCAGCACCCAUGGAUCCCCUGGUGAUCAAUGGAGUGUCCUUCGUUCCGACUCCCCUUCUUUCGGGACCAGUGCAGCUCGUCCUGCCUCACGGCGUCGCGGGAACGAUAGCCUGCCCUCCUGGACACUUGCAUCACGCCCCUCCUUCUCCUCCACCCAGUGCAGGAUCUCCAUCACUAUCCCUCAUGUCUUCACCACCUCCAUCUCCUGCCAGAAGUCCCUCUCCACAGCCACUUGAUCUAGCCCCCAUCCGCCAUCCCGAGGAUGACUCCUGCUGGCGUCCUUGGUGAAGGGAGCUCAAACUGUUCCAGGAAGUGGCCAUACAACCUGUUACCAGUUGCAUUCACAACACAGCUGCGAUCAUAACACAGCUGGUGCAAUUAAAACCGGAAUCCCCUGCAGUGGAACAAAUUCACAGUAUAGCAUCGCCUAACGUACAAGAACCAAUCCAGCCACCUGUAUUUCUUAGACCCAGUGACCCACCGUCGAUCAGACAACAAUUGGAGUUUGGCUGUCAUGAUCUGACAGUCGCCCUCACCCCCAGCACCACAGUACAAACACACGCCCAAGAUGUGCACCACGAUGGCAAUCAGAUAUCCUUCUACAAACAUAUGCAAAGUUAUUUAAAGUGCUAUCCUCAAUGGAAAAAAAAUAUAUAUGAAAAAAAAUCUGUGAUAUACUUAGGUUUAGUCAUCCAGUGAUUUAAAACAGUACAAAGUGUAAUAAAGUUUUUUAUUUGGA